AUGCCUCCCAACUCUUCAUAUCGUCCUGCGGAGCCGCCAGAUUCGCCGAAUGAUUCCGAUUCAGACCUCGACCUCGACAUUCAGGAGCUCGACCCUGCCACCACGUCCCAACGCGGCUCCGCCCAAGCCAGACACGCCCGCGACACGGGAGAAUCGCGUUCACCGAGGAUAGCCCUCCGCAACCUCCGCAUGGGUGGCCUGCGACGUGGGAACAGGAGUAGGGGGUACGGCGAGCUCGGCCAGGACAGAGAUGGCGCCGCCGACGAUUCCCAGUCUCUGCUGGGUGGUGGCCACAGGCGGUCCACUUCGCAGUCCGCCGAUGGCAGUCGAGCCUCCGGUGAUGAUGCGCCUCUGCUGUCGGGACGGUCCCAGCCGCGAUCUCGACGUCGCUCCUCGGCGCAAGAAGGCCUGGGACGCCUGGCUGCCCUCGGCUCCAGUUUGAAACUCGGGAGCUUCAUGGGCGGCAGUGGAGCCCCUGGUUCAGUCAAGGACGAUUCUGGAGAAGCAGAGGAGGAAGAGGAUGACCCUUCCGCCGCGCGACACAUUGCCGUGGGGUCUUUACAAUCGACCAAGUUCCCGCCAAAUCUGAUAUCAAACGCCAAAUACACCGCCCUCUCGUUUCUCCCCGUCACGCUGUACAACGAAUUCUCCUUCUUCUUCAACAUGUACUUCUUGCUGGUGGCCCUGUCCCAGGCCAUUCCGGCGCUGCGUAUCGGCUACCUGACAACCUACGUUGCGCCCCUAGCCUUUGUUCUGAUGAUCACCAUGGGAAAGGAGGCGUACGACGACAUCGAACGCAGGCGGCGAGACAAUGAGGCCAACGCCGAGGCAUACACUGUCCUUCGCUUUGACGAGCCGGGUCGGGCCUUGGCUCCCGGGCUGCGCCCGCACAAGAGGCUCAAGUCAGAGUCGACCAAGAGGCGGGGGAAGAAGCUGGUCAAGACGGCCGACAGGCUCUCAGACAUCCGUGAAGAGGAAGAGCGCAUGGAGGGCGAUGGCCCGCGACUGCUUGAGACUGAAAUCAACUCGUUGACCAAGAUUCUGUGCGCCCUCACCCUGGCGCUGUCGGUGAUUCUGGUUGCUCUUUUGGGUUUCGAGAAUACCGAAGAAAACCGUUGGUACAUCAAAAUCAUGAGGUACCUGGUUCUCUUCUCGACCAUCGUGCCCAUCAGCUUGCGCGUCAACCUCGACAUGGGCAAGAGUGCGUACUCCUGGUUCAUCCAUCGCGAUUCCGGCAUACCGGGGACAGUGGUGCGCACCAGCACGAUUCCAGAAGAUUUGGGUCGCAUUGAGUAUCUGCUCAGCGACAAGACGGGCACGCUGACGCAGAAUGAGAUGGAGAUGAAGAAAAUCCACGUCGGUACCGUGUCGUACGCCAACGAAGCCAUGGACGAAGUUGUUGCCUACGUCAAGCAAGGUUUCCACAUCCAAUCGACAGUGGAUCCAGCCUCUCAGAAGAUGCUCAUCACCCCUUCGUCAACUUUUGCGAGUACCGCCAGCGUGGGCACCACCCGUACACGGCGAGAGAUUGGUUCUCGUGUGAGGGAUGUCGUGCUCGCGCUGGCGCUCUGCCACAACGUCACCCCCACAACGGAGGAGGAAGAUGGCAAGACAAUCACAUCGUACCAGGCCUCUUCGCCCGACGAGAUUGCCAUUGUGCGCUGGACAGAGUCAGUGGGACUUCGUCUUGUCCACCGCGACCGCACCGGUAUGAUCCUGGAAUACGCAGAAACAGGACGCCCCACGGUCCAGGUGCGCAUCCUAGACGUGUUCCCCUUUACCUCCGAGGGCAAGCGGAUGGGUAUCAUCGUACAAUUUUACGAGACGAAACAGUCGAGCCCUCCCGAUUUGAGCAGCGGACAGAUUUGGUUCUACCAAAAGGGCGCCGAUACCGUCAUGACGUCCAUUGUGGCGGAGAAUGACUGGCUCGACGAAGAGACGGCCAAUAUGGCCCGCGAAGGCCUACGUACGCUGGUUGUUGGCCGGCGCCGCCUGUCUUAUGAGCAGUGUGUCGCAGUACUCGAGCGGGACCUCGAGUUGCUCGGCGUCACCGGUGUCGAGGACAAGCUGCAGAAGGAUGUCAAGCCGUCUCUCGAGCUGCUCCGAAACGCGGGCGUCAAGAUUUGGAUGCUCACAGGCGACAAGGUGGAGACGGCACGCUGUGUGGCCGUCAGCUCGCGCCUCGUGGCCAGGGGUCAGUACAUUUACACCGUGUCCAAGCUCAAGAGGAAGGACAACGCACAGGACCAUUUGGAUUUCCUUCGCAGCAAGACGGACGCGUGUCUGUUGGUCGACGGCGAGAGCCUGCUGUUGUUCCUGACGCAUUUCCGCAUCGAGUUCAUCUCGGUGGCGGUCCAGCUCCCGACCGUCGUGGCGUGUCGAUGUUCUCCGACGCAAAAGGCCGAGGUUGCGACGCUCAUCAAGGAGUACACCAAGAAGCGUGUCUGCUGCAUCGGAGACGGCGGCAACGACGUCUCCAUGAUUCAGGCGGCCGACGUGGGUGUCGGCAUCGUCGGCAAGGAGGGCCGACAGGCGAGCCUGGCGGCCGACUUUUCCAUUGAGCAGUUCCACUACCUCACCAAGCUGCUUGUCUGGCACGGCCGGAACAGCUACAAGCGGAGUGCAAAGCUGGCGCAGUUCGUCAUCCACCGCGGCCUCAUCAUUGCGGUGUGCCAGACAAUGUACAGCAUCGCGAUCAAGUUUGAGCCACAAGGUCUCUACAAGGAUUGGCUUCUCGUGGGGUACGCCACAGUGUACACGGCGUUCCCCGUGUUGUCGCUGGUGCUGGACAAGGACGUGGACGAGAACCUAGCCAACCUCUACCCAGAGCUCUACAAGGAGCUGACCUCGGGCCGCUCCCUCUCGUACCGCACGUUCCUCAUCUGGGUCCUCGUAUCGGUGUACCAAGGUUGUGUCAUUCAGGGUCUUUCACAAAUCCUCACCGAGGUCCACGGGCCGAGGAUGGUCGCCGUCUCGUACACGGUGCUGGUGCUCAACGAGCUGCUCAUGGUGGCCAUGGAGAUCACGACGUGGCACCCCGUCAUGAUUGUGUCGAUUGUCGGGACAUUCAUGAUGUUUGCCGCGUCGAUCCCAUUCCUGGGCGACUACUUUGAGCUGGAAUUCCUGCUCACCCUGUAA